AUGUUACCGUUCAACAAGUUGGUAGAAUAUAUCGAAGGAUGGUAUUCUGAAUCAACGGGCUUGUACCUGUUUGCGUCUUUGCUACCGUUCAUUCAAAUCCAUUCACGUUCUCUCUCCAUCUCUAUCAAACCUCGCAAGAAAAGAAUUAUUUAUUUUUUAGUUCUUCAACAUGUUCAAGAUCCCAGAUCACCAAGUUGCAGGACACGUGGCGGGAGCUGGGAAACUCGAAAAAAUCCAACGUGGGCCCCAGAAGCUUCUGAAGAAUACAUUACAAAAUGCUUGAAAAAAGACAGAGAAAGCACAAGUGUUUCACUUGGAUACAGACUUUCAGGGCUUCGAGUCUUUAUAGGUGAUGAAUUAGGGUUUUAUAAACCUGAGAGAGAUGUGAUGCGUAAAGCUGGACCAGAUGAUGUUAGACUGUUUCUUAUGAAAUUUGUUUCAUCUAACCUGGAAUCGGAAUCGGGAUCGGAAUCAAAACCGGAUUGUUCUUUGGUAGCUUCUGUUUAUGGUGGAGAUAAUGGGAUUUUGUCACAGUUGUUGGAACUGAAGGCAUGGUUUGAGGAUCAAACUGUGUAUCAUUUCUAUGCUUGUUCGUUACUUUUCAUGUUUGAAAAGGGGUUGACAUCAAACCCAGAAGUCAAACUUAUCGAUUUUGCACAUGUUGAAGAAGGAAAAGGGGUUAUAGAUCAUAACUUCUUGGGUGGACUUUGUUCUUUGAUAAAGUUCAUAUCUGAUAUACUUUCAGACACAAAUGAUCUCAAGAAUGGUCUGAUUGAGCCUUAG